CAGUCGUCUGUCUGUCUGUCUGCCUGUCCUUGGGCGGGGGCGAGUGCGGGCCCCAGCGAUGCCCCGCUCCCACCGCCUCCUCCUCCUGCUGCUCAGCACGUCUCUCGCCCAGCUGCCACCCGACAGAACGGCUUUCACGUGCGGCGGCGUACUGUCCGGAGAGACCGGGCUUCUCGGCAGCGAGGGGUUCCCCGGCGUCUACCCUCCCAACAGCAAAUGCACCUGGAAGAUCACGGUUCCCGAGGGGAAAGUCGUCGUCCUUUCCUUCCGCUUCAUCGACCUGGAGAGUGACAACCUGUGCCGCUAUGACUUUGUGGACGUGUACAGCGGCCACGCCAACGGGCAGCGCAUCGGCCGCUUCUGCGGCACGUUCAGGCCCGGAGCCCUGGUGUCCAGUACCAACAAGAUGCUGGUGCAGAUGAUUUCGGACGCCAAUACGGCCGGGAAUGGAUUCAUGGCCGUGUUUUCCGCCGCGGAACCGGACCGGAGAGGAGAUCAGUAUUGUGGAGGGAGACUAGACAAACCCACAGGCUCCCUGCAAACCCCCAACUGGCCGGAUCGAGAUUACCCCGCGGGGGUCUCUUGCUUGUGGCACAUCGUCGCCCCCAAGAAUCAGCUUAUAGAGCUCAAGUUUGAGAAGUUUGACGUGGAGAGAGACAACUACUGCAGGUACGACUACGUGGCCGUGUUCAACGGAGGGGAGGUGGAUGACGCCCAGAGAAUCGGCAAGUUCUGCGGAGACAGCCCGCCAGCACCCAUUGUAUCUGAGCAAAAUGAACUUCUGAUUCAGUUCUUAUCCGACUUGAGUUUAACUGCCGAUGGCUUCAUUGGUCAUUACAAAUUCCGGCCCAAGAAAUUACCGACAACCCCAGCAGUGCCCGUCACGACUCCCGUCCCUACCACCACAAGUUUGAAGCCUACCGUGCCCCUUUGUCAACAGAAGUGCAGGCGCCGAGGGACCCUGGAGAGCAAUUACUGUUCCAGUAAUUUUGUGCUGGCGGGAACCGUGAUCUCCACAAUCCCACGAGGGAGCAGCCUGCAAGUGACCGUGUCGAUCAUUAACGUGCACAAAGCGGGGAACCUGGCCAUCCAGCAGGCGGGCAAGAAUAUGAGCGCCAAGCUCGUCGUGGUCUGUAAGCAGUGCCCCCUCCUCCGGAGAGGCCUGAAUUACAUUAUCAUGGGCCAGGUGGACGAAGAGGGCCGAGGUAAAGUUUUGCCAACCAGCUUCAUCGUGAAUUUCAAGACGAAGAAUCAGAAGCUCCUGAACGCCUUGAAUACCAAGCAGUGUUGAAGGCGAACUCCCCCAAAGCACCACACUCUGUAGAAGUCACCAGCUGAGUGGCCCGUCGGGCGAUCUGACGAGAUCAUCAUCAAUCGUAUUUAUUGAGCGCUUACUGUGUGCAGAGCACUGUACUAAGCGCUUGGGAAGUACAAGUUGGCAACGUAUAUGGGGCCGUUCGCCACGACGGAAGCGUCUAUCGCUGCUAUUUACCCAGAGGGCAUCCCGGGAGCCAAGAGCUCUCCCCGAUAAGCCACGCGAUCUACUGCAGUUAUCAUCCGCAAAGGCCGCACACCACGCCCGGCUGCUUGGAAACUGUUAAUUUAUACAUCUCUGGAAAAGGAUUUCUUUAAGGAAUGAGUUGUGUGAAGAUGUAAAAAGGAAAAUUUCUAAGUGCAAUAUUUAUACUGAGUUUCACUUUCAACUUUCAGCAGUUGCUCAGAACGUUGUUACCCAGCGCCUGCAUUUUUAGCGAUGCUUAAUAAAAUAUCUUAGGACAUUGUUGGGUAGCAGUCAUUAGACUAGCUCCGCAAGAAGAGGUCUGCUAAAAAUAGAUAGAAAUCAGACUUUGAUUUGGUUAAGGGCUUCCAUAGCAGACAUUCCUAGUUUGGAAUAGCUCAGAUCGCAUGAGAAUUUGCUGAAAUGGCAUUAGACUGUUUUACUGGGGUAGGUGGAUUUCAAUUCUAUCUUUUUCUUCUAAUCGUUCUUUUUGACUUUGAUAUUUGUAGGGACUGUCUCUAUA